GUUUUCAUUCAUUUGUCACGAGCGGUUUAGUGUUGGGUUAGCAUGGUUAGAUUUUGUCUACCAAUCAUACCAGACAAGCAUGAUUAUUAUCGAGUGUCAAAGUAAUUUGAUAAAUGACAAUACGAACGGUUUAUUAUUGGCGUCAAAGAGAAUAUAAUCACUUGAUUGGCGUGAAAUUGGCUUGAAAAUGUCGCAGCCAGCUAAAAGAACGGUGCAAUAUUUGGCGGGAUUAUGCGUGUCCUUUGCGUUUUCGUUUACCGGCGCUACGUUAUGUUGGGCUUCUCCUGCCAUUCCCAAGCUUAAAAGUGGUGAAGCCAACUUAUUGAUAACUGAUUCUCAAAUCUCUUGGGCAGUAUCCUUGGCGCAUCUCGGUGCCCUCCCUGGUUGCUACGUCGGCAAAAUACUGAGUGAGCGCGUGGGACGAAAACGCACCGUGUUUUAUUCCGCAGUACCGGGAUUUAUUGGAUCGGGCGUUAUACUAUGGACAUCAUCGCCGGAAGUAUUGUGUGCCGCCAGAUUUCUAGUCGGGAUUGGCAUCGGAAUUACCGCAGUGGUCACAAUGAUAUAUCUGACAGAGAUAGCAGAUAAGGAGAUCAGAGGGGCCCUGGGUAUGCUGGUCCAAGUGAUGAUUAAUCUCGGAGGCCUAGCGGUGUACGGCCUGGGACCGUUUGUGUCUUACACCGCUCUCAACUCUAUGGUCCUUUUCAUCUCCGUCUUCUAUGCGGUGAUAUGUCUAUGGGUGCCGGAGUCACCUUACUACCACCUGACAAACGACGAUGUUGAUGCUGCGAGAAAAAGUCUCAAGUUUAUCAAGGGGAGCACCGAUGAUAAGUGGGUUGACGAGCAGCUGGAGUCGAUGCGAGUCCACGUGUCAGAGAGCAUGGCGCACAAGACCACGGUGAAGGAGCUGCUCACCAACACCAGGUAUAGGAAGAACCUCUACAUAGUCGCAGGGUUGAAGAUCAUGCAAUACAUGACCGGUAGCCUUGUGAUCCAGUCCUACUUGGAGAUGAUAUUCAAGCAGAGCGCGUCCAUAUCGCGCCAGCACGCCAGCAUCGUGUACGGAUUUGUGCAGCUAGCGACAGGAAUCUGCGCGACUUUCAUCACGGACCGCUUUGGCCGGCGACAGCUCAUGUUAUGCUCCAGUUUCGGAGUAGCCGUCUCCUUGACUGUAAUCGGGACAUACUUCUUCCUGCAGGACAACAUCCAAGUUAGCCCGGGGACAUUGGCUUCUAUAUCCGCCAUGCCUCUUGUUGGCGUACUCAGCUUCAAUGUCCUAUACGCUACAGGCCUAGGAAACAUUCCUUACAUCAUGCAAGCCGAACUAUUCCCAAUAAACGUAAAACUGGCCGCGUCUAGCUUAGCGACAAUGCUGGCUUGCGUCCUAAAUUUCUUAAUCACCAAGUCCUACCAAGGAAUUAAAGAUGCUUUCGGCCAUUUCUCUGUCUUCUGGUGCUUUGCCUGCGUGGGAUAUUUGGGAAUGUUCUUCAUAUACUUCUGUGUGCCAGAAACUAAAGGAAAGACGUUGGAGGAGGUACACGAUAACUUAAAAGAAGAUGGAACUAUAGAAGCGGAGCCACUGAACAAAAAAUUGAAUGUGGAAGAGCGGUAG